AUGUUCCGGAAACCAGCAAAGAAACGUGCACAGGUCCAGGCUCGGCAACGUCAGGAUGAAGAUGGGUCCGGUGAGGAUGAAACGGAUGUGGUCAAAGACUUCAAGCGGCGGAAACGUGCUAAUCCUUUUCAACAAUCGACCUUAAAAACAUCAAAGACAAAUGAUGCUGCUGCGAGCUCUUCAAGUGACUCUGAUGAUGGUGCAAAUGCAAUCGUAGCGGAGCAUUCGUUCGCAGCCAGCGGAAGCGCUGCCCCACUUGGGCCAAGCGAUCAAGGAGCCACCGCUACUCAUGAGAUUGAUACUGAUAUUACGGCUGAUGCCCAAGCUCAGUUUGAAAGAGUGCAACAACAACUCAAAGAAGGUCUCGUCAAGGACGGCAAAACAUUAUACAGAGGGCAAGCAAUGUAUGGUGCAAAAGAGGCUAAGGACACUGCUAGAGGAAAUGCCAGUAGUGGACUGAAUAGGAUAGGUCCAAUACGAGCUCCUCAAUUUGUGCGUCAAACAGUUCGGUGGGACUAUGCUCCUGAUAUUUGCAAGGAUUACAAAGAAACUGGUUUUUGCACAUUUGGAGAUUCAUGUAAAUUCCUGCAUGAUCGCUCCGACUAUAAACAUGGCUGGGAGAUCGAGCGUGAUUAUGCUUCUGGACGUUUGAAUCAGGUUGACGAUACCAAUUAUGAGAUCGAUGAUGGUGAAGAUGAGUUCCCUGAAGAGUGCUAUAUUUGCGGAAAGCCGUUUACUUCGCCGGUUGUCACAAGAUGUAAGCACUAUUUUUGUGAGGCAUGUGCACUCAGCGCGUUCAGAAAAUCGAAACGAUGUCAAAUAUGCAAUCAAAAUACAGGAGGAGUCUUUAACAUUGCAAAAGAUCUUAUUGCGAAGCUGAAUGGAACAGCGAAACCCAAAAAAGAGCAGCAGUCAGACUCUGAAGAAGCUGAAAAUUCGGAUAAUGAAGAUGCUUGCUGUAGCAAGAAAGUAAAAGAAGAAGUCACGAAACAAGAAGAAGAAGAAGAACAUAUUGAUGAAAUCAAGCAGGAAGUUCAUGAUGACAGUGAUGAGGAGGAAGGCGACAAUGAGGAAGAAGAACAUGAGCAAGAAGAAGAAGAAGAGGUUCAAGAGAGCAUAGAAAUAAAAAUGGAAGAUGUAGAAGAGGAAAAUAAUGAAGAGGAAGUUCACGACGAUGAGGAAGAGGACCAAUCUUCCAGUGAAGACGAGGAAACAAAUGCUGCAUGCGAAAAACAAUCAUGA